GGUGCCGCCCCCGCCCAAAAAGAACAAAUACUCCGCCGAGACGGAGCAAGGCUCAGCUUAUACAGCCACCAGGGUGACAAACUACACCUGUAUCUCGGAGGAACAAACUCUCCUGAGCAUGGCAACUGCAAUGAAACAACUUCCGGGUCCAGGCCGGCCUGGCUUUAAAAAAGCAUGGCCCCUAUCCGUAUUGGCGAUUCUGAUGCGAAACAGCCACUCGCAGCGCUUUGUUUGCCGGCUAAACAACGAACGCCUACAACCGAACCGAACUUGAUCUCGGCGUUAUUUUUUUUUGUUUAUACCUUUACUCUUUGCGACCCGGCAGUGUUCUCUUCCAACGACUCUCUUGUCUUUCUUUUUACAAUAAUCCUUUUAAUAUUCUCCCCAGACAACUCUGUGGAAACGCAACCCGUGGAAACCAUGACAACCAUCUCGGAAACCAGCCAUGACGGCGCGAAUACCAACGACAUGUUCCGUGGUGCUGACCUGGAAAAGCCCGUGCAAUUUGACCGUGCUGCGCCUGCGGCUUCUACUUCUGCUGCUGGUGCUGGUGCUGGUGCUGCUGGGCCGCCACCUCCUCCUGAUGGUGGCCUAGUUGCUUGGCUCCAGGUCGCGGCCGGCUUCCUGCUCUUCUUCAACACAUGGGGCAUGAUCAACACGUUUGCCGUCUUCCAGACAUACUACGAGUCCGGCGUGUUGUUCCAGGCAUCUUCUUCGGACAUUUCGUGGAUUGGCUCCAUCCAGUGCUUCCUGCUGCAGUUGACGGGCUUGGUGGCCGGGCCCGUCUAUGACCGCGGCCACUUGCGUGCGCUGCUGGUGUCGGGCAGCUUUCUUGUAGUCUUUGGCUUUAUGAUACUGUCUCUAUGUACGCAGUUCUGGCAGGCCCUUCUUGCCCAGGCCUUCUGCGUUGGCAUUGGCGCCGGCCUCUUGUUCACGCCUACCGUGUCGCUGAUUCCAACGUGGUUUAGCUCACACAUGAGCCUGGCCAUUGGCAUUGCCUCAGCCGGCUCGUCACUUGGAGGUGUCAUUUACCCCAUUGUUCUCUACCAACUCAUCGACAAGGUCGGCUUCCCGUGGGCCGUGCGAUCACUGGGAUUCAUUGCCUUGGCCACCUUUAUUCUACCCGUGGCCGUUAUGAAGAUGCGCAUUCGCGCCCCCAAGCCCCGUGCCAUGGUCGACUGGUCGGCCUUUGUGGACGUGCCCUUUAUGGUCUUUACGCUGGGCAUGCUGAUUGUCUUUAUUGGAAAUGCCGUCCUCAUCUUUUACAUUUCAUUUUACCCCCAGAACCGCGGCUUUACCGACACCUCGCUGUCCUUUUACAUGGCCGCCAUCUUCAACGCGGCCUCCAUCUUUGGUCGCAUCGUACCCAAUGCCAUUUCGGACUGCAUCGGCGUCUUCAACACGAUUGCUCCCGUGACACUCGUCUUGGGCAUCACAGUGCUCUGCAUGCUAGCUGUACAAAACGAAACCGGUAUCAUUGUCGAGGCCAUAGUCACGGGCUUUUUUAGCGGCGUUGUUGUCGCGUUGCCGCCAGUGUGUUUCCGGAUGCUGACGGACAACAAGGCCAUGAUUGGCACACGUAUCGGACAAGGCUUUGCCAUUGCCGGGCUGGGGUUGCUGAUUGGAGGGCCUAGUAGUGGUGCAAUUCUCGGUAGCGCUGAGCCACUAAACUGGAAUGGUCUUUGGGCGUAUGGUGGUGUCGCGGGAUGUAUCGGUGGAUUGAUCCUUGUGGCGGUCCGUGUAAUCAAAGCUGGUGUAUCAAUGAGCGUCAAGGUCUAAUCAAUUCGGCUGUGGAUGCGUCGGAGGAAAAAAAAGGCGUUUGUAUUUGAUAGCAGAGCCUCGUCUGGUUUUUCUUUCUUUCUUUUUUUUAAAUCAUUAUUUGUGAUUUCUUUUAUUCAGCUCUUUGGUGGUGUAGUUUAGAAAUUAGACGGCAAAUAUGAAUGACACCCUUUUAAUCCUUCCCCUA